AUGGGCACGGGGCGCUCUAGAGCAGGGAACGAGGGGCACAGCAUCUGCACCAGAUGUGCUGGGAAGGGACUAGCAGCUGGAGUGGGUCCUGUCAGUGCCCCUCUGCCUCUCGGUCGGGCGAGCGACGCACGGGACGGUGCUGACGUGCUCCCGCGCUGCAAUGUCCCAUGUAGAGGCUGUUUUGAUCUCCUGGGAGCCGUCGUCAACUGGCAGCUUCCCGGGGAGCCCUCGGCCGUGGUGGACAGCUUCUUCCAUGGCCAGGCUCGUCCGGAGCAUCAGGAUGCCAGAUACAGAGGCAGGACGCAGCUGUUCCCGGGGGAGUUCGCCGAGGGCAAUGCCUCCCUGCUGCUGACGGGGACAACCCCGGGUGACGCAGGGAACUACUCCUGCCCGCACAAAACCAAGUCCAAAUCCAAAUCCAUGAGAAGGCGGGGAGCAGACGGGAUGGCUGUGCUCGCGGGCGCUGUGCUGACACAGAUCGUUGUCUGCAUCCUGGCUGGACAAGGGAGAGGCAGACAGCCGGAGUGGGUCCUGGCAGUGCCCCUCUGCCCCUCAGCAGGUCAGACGAGCAGCAGAGUCACUGCGCGGGACGGUGCUGACGUGCUCCUGCGCUGCAACGUCCCGUGUAGAGGCCAUUUCGAUUUCCUGGGAGCCAUCGUCAACUGGCAGCUUCCCGGGGAGCCCUCGGCCGUGGUGGACAGCUUCUUCCAUGGCCAGGUUCAUCCGGAGCAUCAGGAUGCCAGAUACAGAGGCAGGACCCAGCUGUUCCCGGGGGAGUUCGCCAAGGGCAAUGCUUCCCUGCUGCUGAGGGGGACAACCCCGAGCGACGCAGGGAACUAUUCCUGCCACGCUGUCCUCUGUGCCCACACACCUCACACCCAACGCGUGGUAGAGCUCCAGGUGACAGGUCUGGCAGGUGGAGGGACUCACACCCAGGGCACAGGGCUGUGCUGGCUCCUUCUGCUCCCGAUGCUGCUCUUUCACCUCUGGCUGCUUGGAGACCACAGGGAGCUCCCGGCACGGCUCCACUUCAAGUCCUGUUGGGAGCCUGGACCUGGAGCCCUGCAACACUGGCAGCUCAUCCAGGACAAAAGGAGCCUGGGAUGGCAGCCUGCGGUCUGCUCAGCGCCACAAAUGCCUGUCCUGGCCCCCUGCAUGACUGGCAGGUUCAACAGUCCUGGGAGCCUUGAAAGUCAGGAUCCCUCUGCACACAGGAAAACAUGGACUGGCUUUGCUUUUAUACACACCAGUGUUCAAAUGGGAAAGGCUGGCCUGGAUGCUGCAGGGAGAAAGAAAGAGAAGAACCAGCUCUCGAUCGCUGGAAAUGCAGGCGUCCUAAUCAGACCCAUUAAUAAAGGAUCUCUUUAG